AUGCCUGAGCUCGCAGAGGUCGCGCGUAUUGUGCAUUUCAUCCGGAAACACCUGGUGGAUAAGACGUUAUCAGUUGUACAGACUCAAAAUGAUGAUAUCGUGUAUGGCAAGGUGGGCACCACUGCUGCAGAGGUUCAAAAAGCAUUACAGGGAAACAAGGUCACAGGUGCAGGACAGCAAGGCAAAUAUUUUUGGAUUACACUGUCAAAACCUCCACAUCUUGUGAUGCACUUUGGCAUGGCAGGAUGGUUGAAAAUAAAGAACGCAGACACAUAUUACUAUCGCGUUACGAAACCAGAAGAUCAGGAAUGGCCACCGAAGUACUGGAAAUUCCUUCUUGAAACGGAUGAAACUCCAAAGACAGAAGCCGCAUUUGUGGAUUUCCGAAGGCUUUCGCGGAUUCGUCUUGUCGAUUGCCCGGCUGAUGACAUUCGACAAUACACUCCUCUCAAGGAAAACGGCCCAGAUCCACUUGCAGACAAGAAUAUUUUUACGGCAGAGUGGCUGGUAGACAAGGUCAAAAGCAAGAAGGUGCCGAUCAAAGCUAUGUUGCUUGACCAGGCUAAUAUCAGUGGCAUCGGCAACUGGAUGGGGGAUGAGGUUCUCUACCAUGCUAAGAUACACCCAGAACAGUAUAGCAAUACGUUGAGCAACGAACAGAUAAUCCAACUACACAAGUCUAUCGAAUAUGUAUGCACAGCAUCUGUGGAUGUCCUGGCCGAUUCGGAGAAAUUUCCAGAGGACUGGCUCUUCAAGCACCGAUGGGGUAAAGGAAAGAAAAAUCAAGCUUCAGUGCUGCCGAAUGGAGACAAGAUCGUAUUUCUCACUGUCGGAGGUAGGACGAGUGCAGUGGUACCUGCUGUUCAAAAGAAAACUGGACCAGUAGCCAAAGACAUUACCGAAGAAGACCAAUUGGAUACUAAGAAAGAGGCCUCGACAAACGGCAAGAGGAAACGAACAAGUGUGAAAAAGGAAGAAGAAGAAGAUGAUGAUGAUGACUACUCCAAGACCCCAAAACGGGCAGUAUCGAAAAAGCGCGCUUCCAACAUAAAAAAGGAGGAUGCAACGCCUGUCAAAGAGGAGAAGUCCAGCUCAGCUAGCCAAGCUGGACGAAGGCGUUCGACACGCAACUCUAAAUGA